CCAACAUCUAUAAACAAAGGCGCUGCUGAUGCGCUCCAUGUCUCCAGAGCUCCCAGCAAAGGGUGGACAUCAGCGGGCUCUGAGAGCAUCCUUCAGACACUGAGGAAAGACCACAGGAGGACAUAAAGAAAGAAGUCUGUUACUGAUAAAGAAGAGAGGAUAACUUAAAGGCUACAAAGACACUGGUGAUGGCUGAGGCACCUCAGCAGGAACAGCAGCAGCAGCAGGAGGAGGAAGAGGAGCAGCAGCUGCCAAGCUCUGUGGAGACCACUGAGCCUGAUGAAGGCUCAGAGGAACCAAACCAGGUCAUCAAAACGGCUCGACCACUUCUGUCAAUGAGGUCCAUGAGUACCAUAGACCCAGAUGAUGACUACCCCAACAUGACUGUUUACAGAAAGAUUGAAGACAUUAUCAGUCGCAUCCAGGACGAGACAGACGGUGUUCCAAUCAGAACCGUCAAGAGUUUCAUGACAAAGAUCCCCAGUGUUGUUACAGGUGCAGAUAUAGUACAGUGGCUGCUGAAGAAUUUGUCCAUAGAGGAUUCAGCUGAGGCCAUGCACAUAGGAAGUCUGAUUGCAGCUCAGGGAUACUUUUUCCCCAUCUCUGAUCACGUCCUGUGCCUGAAAGACGAUGGUACUUUAUAUCGCUUUCAGACAUUGUGGUGGUGGACAAAAAACAGAGGAAAGCCAUUGAACAGCAAAUACUCUAUAUACCUUUGCAAGCGAACCAUGCAAAAUAAGACGAGACUGGAGCUGGCAGAUUAUGAGGCGGAAAACUUAGCAAGACUGCAGAGGGCCUUUGCAAGAAAGUGGGAGUUUAUCUACAUGCAGGCUGAGGCCCAGGUCAAGAUCGACAGAAAGAAGGAUAAAACUGAAAGAAAAAUCCUUGACAGCCAGGAAAGAGCCUUCUGGGAUGUCCACAGACCUGUGCCUGGAUGUGUUAACACCACAGAGAUGGACAUCAGAAAAUGUAGACGCAUGAAGGAUCCACACAGAGUUAAGAAGUCAGUGUACGGGGUGGUGGAGGAGGGAACACAGUCACAGAGCCCGAUACACAGUUCAUUUCAUCACUGCCGAAAAGGAACGAAAGAGGAUGUUGAAAAAGAAAUUUUAUUUCUAAACACCCAGCUAGAUCGACACUGUUUGAAAAUGUCCAAGGUUGCUGAAAGUCUGAUCAUUUACACUGAGCAGUUCAUGGAGUAUGACCCAUUUGUGACAUCACCCGAACCAUCCAAUCCCUGGACCAGUGAUGACCCCACUCUCUGGGAUCUGGAGAUGAGCAAAGAGCCCAGUCAGCAAAGGGUAAAGAAGUGGGGUUUCUCCCUGGAUGAGGCCUUAAAGGAUCCAGCUGGACAGGACCUGUUCCUCAAGUUCCUAGAGUCAGAGUUUAGCACAGAAAACCUGAGAUUCUGGUUAGCAGUACAGGGUCUGAAAAGGGUUCCCCAGCAGGAUGUUGUACAAAGGGUGCAAGACAUUUGGGCUGAGUUUCUGGCAGAAGGAGCUCCCAGCUCCAUCAACCUGGACUCGCAUAGCUAUGAAAUCACCAGCCAGAACUUGAAAGACCCUGGACGGUACAGCUAUGAGGAUGCACAGGACCACAUAUACAAGCUGAUGAAAAGUGACAGCUACCCACGUUUCCUACGUUCCAAUGUGUACCAGGACCUGCUAACAGCAAGGAAGAAACCUGAAACGGAGCAGGGGCGACGCACCUCCCUGGAGAAGUUCACUCGCAGUGUGGGCAAAUCGCUUACAAGCAAACGACUCACGGGCCUCAUGCAGUCAUCCUGACGAGGUCUGGAUCCCGAAUAGGACCAAUCUUACCCACAGCAGAGGCGGGCAGAUAAGAAGCUUUAGGAAAAGGACUCUUGUUUGUGUGGUUGCAGCUUUGGGAGGCUGAGGGUGUCAAACAAACCAAGACUGCUGAAAUGGAAACCCAACACAUCUGGAUUGCGCCUUCAGAAAAAGGGAGGACCAACAGCACGCAAUAAGUCACCAGAGUUAGCACCAGGGGGUGCUGUUACACUACAGUUUUUCAGCUUUGGAGGAUUUGGUUCUGAAACCAGUAUUGAACAAGACUGAGGGAGAUUUUUUUUUUUUUCUCUGACUGCACUCAUUUUAUUAUGGUAGCUGAGGAGGUUAAUGCUUUACUUUCAGUGAUAUUUACUUGGAAUGCUUGAAUACUUUGACUGAUGUCGAAAUGAGACUUAGAUUAUUGCUGUAGCUUGGUGUUUUUUUCCACUUCACUAUAGGAUGUAAAAAGGGAAGGAAGAAGGGCAGGUUUACAGUGAUCGAAACUUGAAAAGAUGACGGGUACAGAUGUGCAUCAACAUUUUAGUAUAUGUUGAAAAAUGGUUAGGAAUUUGUAUCAAUGACUUUUAAGCAAAAAUAGGAAAUGUGUGCUGCUCAGGCAGAGGGUCUUUCAAUGCUGGGUUACAAAUACUUUUAAGAAUCACAGUUACCUCUAUGUUUUUCACUUUAAGAAAAAAAAAAAGCAUCAUCAGUUUGAGGCUACAUCAAAAUGCACUUUGUGAUAUACUUACAGUGGACCUUAAUUUGAGCAGGCAACUAACAUUUUAUUUCCUUACAGGACAUAGAAGAAUUCAGCAGAAAAAUUUUGAAUUUCCACCAAAGUGAAAUGGUAUUAUCUAACACAUCAAUUCCUUUUAUAUACUGUCUAUUUCAGCAACAUGGCGGACCUUAAAGCAGGACCAGAUUAUGAUCUAAAAUUGUCUCCAUACAGCCCCAGUCAGCAGUUAAAAUCGUAUUACCAUGAAUAUCAAACAUUUUCAUUUUUUAUUUCUUAUUUCAUAAGUUAAACAAUACAAUAGCAAUUACGGAGAAAAAUAUGAUCAUUAUUUUUCUUUUUUUCUUAUCCAUAUUGUUUUAAAAAAUAUACCUAGAGGUUUAAACUAAGCAUACAGCCCAUAUUGAUAAUUCAUCCUACAGCGAAUACGUACCAAUUAGUUAGCUUCUGCAUAUUCCUGCCUACAUAUUUGAUCAAUUUGGUAGAGUUCAUUUAAUAUUUGCAGUCUAAGCUUCUAAGUAUACAGUAAUGCACACAUUUCACCAAGUAUCCCAAA